AUGCCGAAGCAACAACCCACAACCCAAUACCACCAUUAUAUCCCGCAGUUUCUAUUGAGCCGCUUCUCCCAUAGCGGGAUCUUGGAGGAAAAUGGGGACGGUCGAAAGAGAUGGCCGGAGAAGAUGCUGAGUGCUGCCAGCCUUGACGAAGAUUCCCCCAAGAUUGUUGAGGUGCGAGUAAGGAAAACAUUUGGAGAGCAGGACAUGUACAAAGACGAGUUCGCGUCAAAAGACCAGAUGCGAAUUGAAAAGGCGCUCGGCAGAAUUGAAGCACGCGCCGGUCAGAUCAUUAAGAAAGCGGUUGACGCUUAUGAAAAUGGGCACGGAACAGUUGUGCUAUUGCGGCUAGAGAAGGACAUUCUUCGCAAAUUCCAAUUUGUUAUGAAAUAUCGCAGCCCGAUUUUCUUCAAGAGGUUCAAUCACCAGACAGCCGAUGGGUACAACUCCAAUGACCGUACUCCAUUCCUGGAGUACAUGAAAAGCAAGAACUUCAAACGGCCGCUCGAUGUCUGGUUCCAUGAUUUGAUGGCCAUCAUCGAUGAACCCAUGGAUCCUGCUGGGAACUGGAUCACGAAGCUUGCAGACCGCAUAUUCCCCGGAGAUGCCCUAUGGAUUUUCACCAACGUCCGAUUAAUGCAUCUCGCUUUUGUCACGCCUUCAAACGAAAGUGAAGAAUUCAUACUCACUGGCAAUGCCUUCGGCAUUCACGAAGGACCGGUCAGUUGUUCAGCGAACCGUAGAACCGGGGAAUUGACCAUAACAAUGUAUACCGAGUUUCAUAUACUGAAUGUCAUCUCCCCGAAGCUGAUGAUGCUUCUGCGGUCGAACUUGAUGCCCGAGCCAUUUGAAGACAAGGAUGAGAGUGUUCGGAAGCAGCGAGAGGCUGAACUCAACUUUCAUGCCGCAAUGCAUCUUGACCCGGAACAUGCCAGGUCGCUACUUGCAGAUCUGCCCGUAGCAAAGGCUCGGAACUCCUACACUGUAGUGAAGAAAGGAUGCAUUCUUCUCGCGAAAGGUGCGGAUGGUGUUCCACGUGCCCGCGAUACAUUUACCUUCUCUUUCUUUCGCCUUGAGAGUCGACAUGCCCAAAUGUUGAACGCAGUGAUGCUAGAUCAGGCUCACAAUACCAAGCUUAUCGUGUUCAACUCAAAAUCCGCGCUCAGGAAAGCCCUCGAGUUUUACCUCAGUAUGCCAACCCAGGCCAAUGGGAUGUUCAGUAUGAAAACCAUCAGCGAACUACCAGACGAUCCAAUGUUGAUUUUGUUCCGAAAGCUGGAGCAAGUGGCACGCCUUCUGGGAUCGGAUGUGAAAGCGAAAUAUCAUAUU